AUAACCAUAAGUAUGGUAUAGAAGAUGAUGAUCAACAAUUACGUCUGAGAAAAUUCAAGUCCUUUAAUGUGUAAGAUUUUUAAAAGAAAUAUAGGUCAAUCUUAUAUUAGUCGUAUAGCAGGUUCAAAAUGCUGACGGCAGAUUUCGAUUUUUAUUACUAAAAGACCAAAUUUAAUAAUACAUGCAAAUAGUUUUUGGUAACACUAUCUUGUCCCAUUCUGCUCUACUUUAUCUUUUCAAAUCUAUCUAUGUUUUUAGUUUGUUUUGUUUCCUCUGUUUGAUAAGCUCGUAUAUGUCUUCUCCAAAAUAAAUUUGCUAGAGGACAUUUUGUUUGAACGAUAUCAGAAUCUUAUGUGGUAAAAGGAAGUUCAGUUCAGUUCACAAGGUUGCUGUCGUUGGAAUCAAGAUUUCAAGAAGACUAAGGAUUGGUUGCACAUCGAUUGCAAAAUUCUGCGUGAAAAAAACUGCCUCCAUGGCCAUUACUAACGACGAUCUGUAAGAGCAAUGGCUUUGGUUAAUACUUCAGCGCGUAGAGUCGAUUUGAGGUCAACUUCUAAACGUUCUGAUAGUGAAUACAUGUAUAAUGAAACAAGGGCUAACAACGAAGAAGUCUUGAAGAUAAGUGAAGAAAAGAGAAAGAGUUCAAGAAGAUCGGUUUCACUUCCAUCCACAGACAUAUUAUUAGACGAGAAACCAGGUUGGCCUUUUCUCAAAAUAGCACAAGCUCACCGUUGCCUCACACGGAAUGUCUCAGUGGUCAACUGGGCCAUGAGCUUACCUGACCGGUUUCCAGAUCAUCAACAGAAUCUAAACUCUGAGACAAAAUUUGUAAAGAAAAAACUUAAGGACAUAUUGAAAGACAAGAACAAAUGGUUUAGCUACAAUGUUCUUAAGACAGCAACAUCAGAUUUCUCUCAAGAAAAUCUGAUUGGGAAAGGAGGGUCCAAUGAAGUGUACAGAGGGGUUCUCAAAGAUGGAAAAGGCAUCGCAGUGAAAAUCUUGAAAUCAUCAUCUAAAGAAGCUAUGACAAAUUUUGUUCAUGAGAUCGAUAUUAUCUCUUCUUUGAGUCACAAAAACAUCUCAGAGCUACUUGGUGUUUGCGUCCAAGACAAUGAUCUAAUCUCUGUUUACAACCUUUCAUCCAAAGGAAGUUUAGAGAAAAGUCUUCACGGUAAACAAAAAGAAAAGCAUGUACUGUCAUGGGAGGAGAGGUUCAAUAUAGCAAUCCGCUUAGCAGAAGCGUUAGAUUAUAUUCAUAACCAAUGUUCUAAGCCAGUGAUUCAUAGAGAUGUCAAGACUUCAAAUGUUCUUCUCUCAGAUGAGCUCCAACCUCAGCUGUCAGACUUUGGGCUGUCGAUGUGGGGACCUACCACAUCGACUAGAUAUUCGAUACAAGGUGACGUGGUUGGCACGUUUGGGUACCUUGCGCCAGAGUAUUUCAUGUACGGAAAAGUCAGUGACAAAGUCGACGUUUACGCCUUUGGAGUGGUUCUGCUUGAACUCAUAUCAGGAAGAGAUCCCAUUUCGCCUGAGAAUCCAAAAGGAGAAGAGAGCUUGGUCAUGUGGGCAAAGCCGUUGAUUGAGACUGGAAAUGAAAAUGAGCUGUUGGAUCCAGACGUAACAGAGAUAUCUGACGAAACUGAGUUUCAUAGAAUGGUUCUUGCUGCUACACAUUGUCUCACAAGAUCAGCCACACAUCGUCCCAGUAUUAAACAAAUACUGAGGCUACUAAGAGGUGUAGACGACGUCGAGAAAUGGUCCAAGCGGAUUAACGAAGAAGAAAACGGAGAUUGCUUCGAUGACGAGGUUUACCCGAAUACAAGGGCAGAAUUACACUUGAGCCUUGCGAUGAUGCUUGAGGUUGAAGACGAUGAAUCUGUAUCAAUCAGUCCCAUGGACAGAAGUAACAACAGCCUUUUCUCUUCUUGUUGUUCAUCUAGGGAACUUCAACCUUGCUUUUAGUGGAGUUUAUCUUAUAAUGUUUUUUGUUAUUUUUACAUAUUAUGAAAAAUAACAAAAGCAAAACCGAACUAUAGCUUUUAUUGUUCUCGGAAUGCGACCAAAGCUUUUAUUGUGUUCUA